CAUACAUGUGUCAUUCAGAUCAUGAGACCUAGUUUACUUUCCCUGCAAGUCCACACCAUAAAGUACAAACCAAAAAAAUCCUCAUCCAGUUGUUAAACAGGCAUGAGUUCCUUCCAUCAUGAGCUGCUGCUUCUCUUAAAUCUGUUCAGCCUUGUCUCAGGGCUGCAGUUUGCCACAUCAUCCUUCACCCAGGUUCCUUUCCUCUCAGUGUGGAACGCUCCCACUGCCAGCUGUCUCUCCCAAUAUGGCGUGGACCUCGACUUGGGAACAUUCAGCAUCGUCCAGAACCAGAACCAGAGCUUUGUGGGUGGAAACAUAACCAUCUUUUACUCUGAAAAGCUCGGCCUGUAUCCCAGGUACACCAGCCAAGCAGAGGCGAUCAAUGGCGGGGUGCCGCAGAACGCCAGUCUGGAUGAACACCUCAGAGUGGCCUCUGGAAAUAUCCACACCUGGAUCCCUGACAGGGAUUUCCAAGGGUUGGCUGUGGUGGACUGGGAGAGCUGGAGACCUGUGUGGGAGAGAAACUGGGACAGUAAGGAGGUGUACUGGGAGGGAUCGAGAGCACUGGUGAGGUCCAAGCAUCCAGACUGGAGCCCAGCGCAGGUAGACGCUGCAGCGAAGGUGGAGUUUGAGGCAGCUGGGAGGAAGUUCAUGGAGGGAACGUUAAAGCUGGGGCAGCAGGAGAGACCCAAUGGGCUGUGGGGGUUUUAUGGUUUCCCCAACUGCUACAACUACUACAACACCAAAAGCACUAACUACACAGGGGAGUGUCCACCUGUGGAGCUGAAGAGGAACAACGAGCUGCUGUGGCUGUGGAACGUCUCCUCCGCUCUUUAUCCUGACAUCUACCUCAGCCUGGAGUUGCGAGACCUCAGCAGAGAGGUGCUCCUCUACACCCACCACCGCGUCCUGGAGGCCAUGAGAGCAGCAGCUCAGCUGACUCCAUCAGCACCGCCUGUGUACCCCUACGCUCGCAUUGUCUACACCUACACAUUAGAUUUCCUCUCUCAGGAGCACCUGGUCUACACCAUCGGAGAGAGUGCAGCUCUGGGAUCUGCAGGGGUGGUGCUCUGGGGCGACCAUGCCUUCUCCAAAUCUCGGGCCACUUGCGAGGCUGUCAAAUCCUUCAUCGACGAGACUCUGGGUCCGUACCUGGUGAACGUAACAGCGGCAGCCACUCUUUGCAGCCAGACCAUGUGUUCCUCUCGGGGAAGAUGCCAGAGAAGGGACCCGAACUCAAGGGCCUACCUCCACCUGGACCCCGCUGUGUGGGAGGUGGUGUCUGAGAGGAAACCAGAGGGAGGGCGGAACUACAAAGUUUUAGGACGGAUAAGAAGACACGAGGUAAAGUUCAUGAAGUCUGAGUUUCAGUGCCAGUGUUACCCAGGAUGGAGUGGUGAGAGCUGCUCCAAAUGGAUUCAUGGGUAAAAGACUUUUCUUAAGGGAGGUAAUCCAGUGACAGCUUUGGUCUAAUAAAUAGCUGUAAAGUCUGUGAAAUAAACCACUGCAGAGGUAGACUGCACCUUGUUUGGUCUCCUGUCAAUGGACGUUUCGUGUUUUCUUAAUUAAUUACUCCUUUUAUUUUUCUAAUAAAUGUUAAUAAAUCCCCAUUUAGCAAUGUAAGCAGAGUAUUUUUUACAUUCCAGUGAGUGUGUGAUAAUAAAUGAACAAUGUGUUGUUUAAUGACAAAAUGUGUCAAAUGUUUUUAGUCCAAGAAAUCAGCCUUAAACUAUCUGUGAAGAUACACUCUGAGAGUCACCCUCCACUCAAAAAUAUGUUUAGCUUAUUGUUACUUACUUAAAUAUUUGAGCUUCACUGUGCAGAGGCUGACACCAGAAGACUGUUUUCACAUUUAAGGAGUAAUGUUUGUCUUUGCUCAGCUUAAAUCUGAGUUUAACACGCCUACAUGUGAGAAGGAUUUUGACAACAACUGGAAACCUCCAGUACGCAAACACUGAGAAUGGACUACACAGUGAAGUGGGAGACAUCUUGUGUCCAGCAGUUAAACUUCUGAAAUUCACAAUAUUUUCAUAUUCAUGGAUUUUUAAAUGAAACAGGAGUAGAUGGACAUUUAAGAUUUUUUUUAAAAGUAGAUAGUAAAAUGUGUAAAAAUCAUAUCAGACACAAAUUAUUAUUCAAAGUAUAGAGUUUUUCAAGUAAUAAAGAGCUCUUAAAACCUGCCAUAA